UAUUUAGUAGCAGUGAAACAUUUGAACGCAUUUUACCAUCGUCUGGGAGAUAUUCGGGUCGUGGAUUGUGUGCAAACGUAAAUAACACAUGAUGGCAGCAAAGAGAAAACAGGUGGUGCGUCAUGUUGUACUGACAUGCGUCAUACUGUUGGCAUUGCUAGUAGAGGAGACUGUUGCCAAACGCUACGAAGAGAUUGGAAACCGACAUCAGGGCGACAUAGUGCUGUCCGAUCUACAGUCCGAUGCGGCUAAUGUCGGUGCCACACAGAUCGUACAGGAUGCCUUUAGGUGGGUUAAGGGCAUUGUACCGUACGAGAUUUCACCGGAGUUCUCUCAACUCGAGAUGAAUCAGAUCAAGUACGCGAUGGAUAGGAUUGCGUCGUACAGCUGUGUUCGGUUUGGUCCGAGGAGUCCCACAGACAGGCAGUAUCUCAACAUUACCGCCAGUCCGACUGGAUGCUGGGCAACGCUUGGUAUGAAUUUACUAGCUAAUCAGCUUAAUCUGCAGCGAGAAGGAUGUCUCGAAACGGGCGUUAUUAUGCACCAGCUUCUGCAUGUGCUCGGCCUAACGCACCCACAGUCCCGCCCGGAUCGUGACUUUUACGUACUGGUGGAGCAGGAUGCGAUCGAUACGAGUCUGAAGAAAAAUCUGGACAAAUAUCAGCAGGGUGUGAUCGAGGACUUUGGCAUACCGUACGAUUACGAAAGCAUUCUUCACUGUCAGUCGGAUGCGUUCGGGUCGUCGGCAUCGAAUCGAGCGACCGUCGUUCCAUUGGUUGAUGUUGAGAUCGGUCAACGAAACGAGUUAAGCCUGAAGGAUGUGCGCAAGCUGAACAAGAUGUACGACUACGAGUACUGUGGACACUGCUACCGUGGCAAUUGUAACAAAUCUUAAUCGCGGUUAAAAAAAAUAUUGGAGUUGGCACGUAAUCAAGCUGGUGGGACUGUAAGCUUUUAAUAGUUAUUGCAUUAUUGUAUGGUUCCUACAACUCAAUUUAUAACAUCAAAGCCAUUGGUAGAGUAGAGUAGAUUCCAAUUUGAUAAUAAUCCUACUAGGGAAGUAAUUAUGAACAUACAUCAAUAAAUAUAUGAAUUAUGAGUUUA